AGAGGGCAAACGCAAUGAGUAAGGUUGUAACCCCCCUUUCCCCAUUUUUCUUCUUUAUUUUAUAUUACUUGAGAAAAGUCUCGUUUCGUUGAAAUUGGUAUUUCAUAACUUUACGCAAUGACGCUCGUGCCUCGUGUGCCGUGUUAGCUAACAUUGUGUGCUAAUAAGUAAAUCUGCUACUCAAGCUGGUGCUGGCUCUGGACUCCAACAGUUAGUUAGCCUUAUCUCUGAGAGCAGACACACUUCUUACAUCCCUGUGUCCAACAACAUGUCUGUGGAUUGGGUGGGAUAUGGAUAUGCCACUCUUGUGGCAUCCGGGGGAGUCAUUGGUUAUGUGAAAGCAGGUAGUGUACCUUCACUGGCUGCUGGACUUCUCUUUGGAGGACUCGCAGGCUUUGGCGCUUACCAGAUCUCCAAUGAUCCUAAUAAUGUUUGGGUGUCCUUAGCUACAUCAGGAGCUCUGACUGCCGUCAUGGGAAAGAGGUUCUAUGGAUCAAGGAAGUUCAUGCCAGCUGGUUUGAUGGCUGGAGCCAGUCUUCUGAUGGUGGGGAAACUUAGUUUGGCGUUGCUUCAGAAACCUGCAGAGUCCUCAUGAGCAAAUACAUUACAGGAAAAGGAAAAGUCUUUUAUCAUUUACAUUUUCUGUCCAAAAAUGUAUGUUUUGUCAUAAAAUACAGUCUUUGUAUAUUGA